ACAAUCCAUAAAUCAUGGGAAUGCUGCACAGUGCUUGGAUGGAGAGGAAGAUUCCCUGCUUGAGUGUGUGAGGAUACAGCACCGCUGUGGUGACACUGGAAAUCAAACCUUGAGGAGUUAAAUACUGCAGCCUUGCUGGAGCUUUCCUUUAGGAGAAAAUGCAUUGAAAAGGACUUGACAUUGUUUCCCCAGAGAUCUGUGGAGGCUGCACUAGUCAGAGUGAAAAUCUGUGAUCCCAGCACCCGUAGGCAGGAUUGCCAGUACCCGGGUUCACAUCUGAGCUUGUGCACUGUUUCUACUGGGAAUUACAGUCCUUUUCCUCAGCAACAUGAAGGUUUAAGUUCUCCGCAAGAAUUUCCAAGUCACUUUUUCUGCUCAUAUGACCUGAGAUGAAACUUGCAUGUUUUCUGCCCACACAAUCUUUCAUGGGAAAAAAAAAAAAAAAACAACAAACUGACACCAUCCUUCAUUGUUGCAGCAGCUGGGAGUGCUCUGCACUCUGCAGCAUGUCCAGGGUGCAGCUUUCUGGUAGGCAAGUUUCAGGAAACUGAGUCACUGGGAUUAAGACUAGAGGCAUUGUUGCCUUAUCCAGUAAGAGCUCUCAAUUUUCACAAGUUCAGUGUUGAAGUUGGCCGUGCCUGCUGUGUCAAGUCCCAUGUAUUGCUGAGGUGAAUUUUCACCAGGAGUCACCUUACUGAUGUGGAAAUGCUGAAACUCCCUUGGAUUGGUGAUUGGUUAAUUGUCCUUCGCUGCUAAACCCAGGUGGUGAGGCCCUGCCACAGGUUAUCCAGAGAAGCUGUGGAUGCCCGUCCCUAUGGGCCAUGCCUGGAAGUCUGAGCUGGAAUCUCCCAUCAAGUCAGAGAACAGUGAUUUCCAGUCUCUUCUUGACUGGGAUUCAAGCUUGGAUCUGGAUGUGAGGAGCUGGAGAAAUACUGAAGAGGUGGCCAUGGGGAAGCUGGAGGGGAGCAGCCAAGAGGCAGACCAUGAGAUGGAGCUGAGUGAGCCUCUCUGGAAGGAUGAUAGUGAAGAUUACCACGAGGCAGAGAAGCCAUGUGAAAGCAACGGUCUUUUCCAGUUUGUCUUGGAGGUAACCCAGAUGUUGGAAUCUUUCUGCAUUAGCAGCACAGAGUCAUCGCAGACUCCGUGGGAUUAUUGUGGCUCGGGGAAGGAGAGUGAUGGGGAAGAGGUGAGGUGCCAGGAAAAGACCACAGGAACAGCAGGCUCGGGAGCAGAGGAAAGCCAACUACACGUCCUGGCAAAAAAUGAGGAAGAACAGUUCCUGGGAAGAGAGGACAAGACUCAAGAGGCAGCUGAAGAAGCACCUGUAGAUGAGCUGCAUCCACCAGAGAUGAGUGCUGAGGCCCUGGAUCAAGAUGACAGUGACAGCACCUCUGCAGCCCCAGUGCUGGACUCCACAGGCUCUCCCAACAUGCACCUGCUGCAGAAAAGCUGGAAUAACCCCCUGCAGCACCUGAUCCUCAAAAAAAGGCUCCUGUCCAUCUGGAGGAUGAUAGCCAGCCACAGGUUCAGCAGCCCGUUCCUGAAGCCAGUGUCAGAGAAACAAGCCCCUGGAUACAAGGAUGUGGUAAAGAGACCCAUGGAUUUAUCCAGCAUAAAGAGGAGGCUGUCAAAGGGACACAUCCAGUCCGUGAUGCAGUUCCAGUGCGACCUGAUGCUCAUGUUCCAGAACGCCGUGAUGUACAACAGCUCCGACCACCGCGUCUUCCACGUCGCUGUGGAGAUGCAGCGCGAGGUCCUGGAGCAGCUGCAGGUCCUGGCUGAAGCCCUCCUGUUGUCCAGGGACAGGCUGGAGUGAGGCAGAAGGUAACCAGCCCUGCCUGAGGCCUCUCAGUUGGAGCAGCGUUGUCUCUGGGGGUCAGGGCAUCUCCUGGGCUCAGGGGAUGUGCUGCCGUGGCUUUGAGCAGACCUCAUUAUCCCCGGUGUUGGCUGCUGGGUUGAUUCAAAGCAGUUUUUUGGGAGGGUACCAGGUUGGAAGCCUCCAUUCUUCUUGGGAAAAGCAGUGACUUAGCCCUGUAGGGAGAAGAGUUCUCUGGGAUGAAAAGCAAGGGAGAAAACCCUGCGUGUGGCCAGGUGGAUGAAGCGGGCCCAGCCCGUGAGGGUGGCUGGCUGCACACCGGGCACGGCCGCGUUCCCGUGUUGCGGUUGUUGCGCUGUUAUGUUGGGUCGGGUGGGUCCAGCGUUACCGGCACUGACCGCACCCAAUAAAGGCCCGUGUUGAAGCUUGUCCCGGCCUGCCUGACACUGGGACUGGGGCUGGAAGGGGUCCAGAAGUGGGACCGGGACUGGAACUCGGACCGGGAGCGGCUCCAGAAGUGGAACCGGGAG